GAGUGAGCGAGCGAGACGAGAGGCAACAGCUGCAGAUCCGCCCCCGCCCAUUUUGCGGCGUUUGGACUGCCUGGCGCCUCUCUGUGAGACAGACGCGUGUCUCUUGACGCCGGGACCUGGCCUCCAGACCCUGCUCAUCGCAGCAUUCUACGGAUCCUGCUCUUGAGCCAUCAUUUGCAACGCUGCAUUGCAACAGCGCUGCCCUUUUUGUGUGUGUGUGUGUGCUUUCCGCCAAGCUCUUCUCUGGCCUGCGCAUCUGUGGUCCGGCCGAGCAGUAGCGGAAGAUCCCAUCGGCCAACAUGGGUCUUCCCAAUCUUUUCGGCUGCUUUGCCGCUGAAGAGGAACAGCCGCGGCGUCCCAAGUUUGACCGAUCCAUGAUUAGCGGCCCGUCAGAUUUUCGUCACACAGGCCACAUUGGCAGUGGGGAUGGCGCUGGCGCGCUGGCGACGGUCAAAAAUCAGAUGGGUUCCAAGGGCUCCACCGAGGGCUCUGCUUCUACCUCGGCUGCCGUAGCUGGUGCCAUCGACCUGGCCGAAGCUCAAAAGAAGUUUGGCACGUCCGCGGCUGAAGCUAAUGCAGAGGCCGAGGCAGCAACAGUCUCGGGAACUCCAGCAACAGACUCUGCUGCACCCGAGCAAUCGGUGCCACCCCCUGCUUCCGCCCCCGAGGCAGAUGCACCCCCUGCCGCGGAACCCAAGCCUGAAGAAGGCGAACCGCUCAAACCAGAGGGCCACACGGAUUAAAGCCUUUGUACCACCGACAUUGUCGUCGCGCCGUCCAACCCACCUUUUGUUGUCUGGGCCAACCUGGCCUCGUGCAUUUUUUUGGCCCAUUUGCUCCUGCUUGCAAAACACAACAACGGCCAUGGACGGCACGCCUUCCUCUUUUGAUUUUUAAGAAAUGGUAACGCUCUGGUCUUUGGGUCUGUGGGCUUGGAGCAAAAGCUUUUUGCGGCUGCGGCGCCUGGUCCGUCGACUCGUGGCAUCAGCUUUCCACCUCUGCCCCGCCCACGUUCUUCUGUCUCGUCUGUCCUGCCCUCUCUUUUGUUUUUUCUUGUCCUAUUGUUGCGGAAGUGUUCGCCCUGGUUGGUGGCCUUGCUGCUGCUUUCUUUCAUGCUGCUUUCUUUCAAACAAGCACUCGAGUUUGCAUUUGAGUGUGUCUGUGCUCCCUUUUUUUUUUUUGUUCUUUCUCUGACAAGUUUUCGCGCAAAUGGGCACAUUUUAACGCGUGUGCCUCCUCAUCACCCCCACUCUCCCUCUUGACGCCAUUCCUCUCUUGCCUCCUCUUCUCUCAUGACCCAUGGCCCAGGCUUUGUCUGGGUUUUGCUGGGCGCCCUCUUGAGUGAGUGGUGUUGCUGUUCGUGUUCUCCUUGGGGCUCUUCUUUCCCUGCUUCACCCGUUGUUUUCUUCGUCUGGAGAAUAUGAUUUGGCAAGGGCCGUGCCCAUGCCAAUUGAUGAUGAUCAC